AUGUCUUCCUUGUUAAAAGAGGAGUUGCAGAAGCGUCUGUUCUCGCCAGAGGGACAGACGUUGAAAGACUUCAUAGAGAUCGAGGAACCAGUGCAGUGCAGACAUUUCCUCUGUGUCUCAGUGUUGAAGAACAAGGAGGUCCAGCUGUCUGUGGUGCAAUGCCAGAAACAUCAGUCAUGUAACUCUAAAAGAUUGAGACGGUCUCAUUUCGUGGACUUCUACCAGAAAAUUGAGGUGUGGCUUUUGCAGGACCUUGUACUGCUUGAUGGAAGGAAUCCUGACAUAGAUGACCCAUGCUUCCUUAUGCAUUUUACUUCCAUUCGUUUUGUCAGGGCAGUCAGCUGUGCUGCAAAGUAUUCCUUUGCACGCUCUCUGGUUGCCCUAAGCAGCUCACAUGACCAGUCUCCAGUCACCUUGAAGAACUUUGACCAGAAUUACAUCCAACCAGCCUUCGUCUGCUCUGACCAGGGAGACUGCACAGUGCUUAUGAGAGUCUGCUUUUAUGCUGUCAACCUUGUGUGGCUCUCCAUGUGCCCUGCUCCUUAAUGUUUCUGUUACACCACUGAUGAAAAGGUGUCAGAAAUCUAGAGCAGAAUAUUAGCAUUAUACAGGGUUCAAACCUUUCUCCUUGACUUGGACACUGGACCUGGCCAUUGCUGUAUUUUUACACUGUAAGAAUGUGUUUUAUAAUAAAAUAGUACUGUACAUUGUUUGUAUGAACCUUGUUAAGUUAGAAAAAACAGAACAUAUUACAUGUGAUGCAAUCAUGUACACAGUCAAUCAUGAAAACUGCCAUAGAACAUUGUUCGUGUCCAACCUGAUAAUCUGUACAAGCUCAGUUUAGGCUUUGUGUAAUUGCUUACAUUUACUGUUGUCCUACAAAUUUACAUUUAUUUAAUUAUUUAUUUAUUAAUUAUACAGCAAGUUGCUUCUCAUCCUUGAAAAUGUAC